AGGCGGAAUAGUGGGCGUGUCCGGGCGAAGAGGCGGAGUCAGGAGCGGGAAGGCGAAAGUGAGAAGGUGGACGAGCUGCGUUUGGGAGAGAACAGAGAAACGAAACCGAUAGGAGAAGGGAGGGGCGGCCAACCGAACAGAACAGCCUUCUCCCUGCUCGGUCAUAGGAGAAGCCUUCAGCCCUGGCAGGUCGGCAUUACACGCUGCAGGGACAGGCAGACAAGGGCCUUUUUAUUCAGCGUACGUGACCUGCCCGGAGAGGAGAGGCGCCGACAUACGGCAACAUGUUGGAGUCUGACAAAGAUCUUGUAGCAAAGACACUGCGGGCUGUCUUGCAGUCGAACAAAAAUGGCGUGCCUUUUCCUCGACUACAAAAUGAAUAUAAAUCCCUUACUGGAGAAUAUAUUCCAUUUAAGGAUAUGGGCUUCCAAACGCUUGAAGCAUACAUUAACGCCAUCCCAACCGUUGUAAGGAUUGAAGUCAGUCGUGCCGGCGAGGUCAUCUGCCAUGCUGUGGUCUGUAGGGAAACAGCCCAGAUUGCUGCGCUUGUGGCACGUCAGAGAAGUUCAAAAAAGAAAUCCGGUGGCCAAGUGAACUGCCAAAUGAGGAUGAAGUAUUCUGCCCCCUUCACUCACUUUGGUAAACCAAAGGCAAUGCUUAGGAAACCAGGUUUUGCACCCCAGCCUGAGAGAGUUAUGAAGAAGCCUCUAAUGCCAUCUGUACAUGGAAAGGGAACUGUUUGGAGUGGCCGGCCACCAGCAGACCCUAGUCCCCAACAUGCAGCCCCGGUGUAUGGAGCAGGGCUUCUAAAGGAGUUGCCGGGGCAGAGGCACCAACCCAUUAGCAGUCUUUGUAUUACUGUCUCUGAUAGGCUUGAAAGAAAAGUAACGGUUCCUCCCCGAUUUCAGAAAGAUGUGAGCCAACCUGUGUUUCCCCAAACCACUACAGAUUCCAACGCUAAUGAGAUGCAGUCUGGCAAACCUGCGCUGCUUGGUAAUUUCCAUCCUAAUCUCCCAGUGAUUCAGAGCAACCUGCGUGAUUUGUUCAGCAAGCACAGUGAUGGAGUUUUACUGUCCAGGUUGCCUCAGAUGUAUAAGGAGACCUUCAAACAUGAUUUAAAUGAUGAAGCGCUGAAACAGAUUGUUAAUUGGACGCACAUUUGCAAGGUGCUGAGACCUAUAAACAACAACAAGAAUGAGAUUGUUCUUUUCUCCAGUUCAAAAAUGCAACAGAACACUCAGAAGAUUACCCAACAACACACUAAUGUUCAGGUUAAACCAAAUGUGUCUCCUGGUGUUUCAAAGCAGGCUUCACCAGAAAAACUCUGUGCUAACACAAUACCAAGUGCUGAACUUAAGCAAAAAGUUUCUGAACUCUUGUCCAACUACACCAAUGGUCUCUGGUUACAUGCACUGCCCAAAGUUUUUGAGGACACAUUCAAAAUAACUCUUCCUUUGAAUGCUUUUAAGGUGAAAGAACUGUCUGACAUUUGCACUAUCCAGGUCAUUUCCGAAAAUCCUUAUAAGGCAAUUCUUUAUGCAAAGCCCACUGACAGUAACAAUCUGAACAGUGAAAAACAGGAGGAAGAUCUAUCCUACAAGGUACAUUCAGGAAAGGAGGACCCAGAUUCUCACAUAAAUACUCCACCAUUGACUAUGCCAUCAGAAGCUUCCCCCUCUGUUCUUGUGGUGGAAUUAAAUAACACAGAAGAAGUUGUCAUCAGAUAUGUGGGUGAAGACUAUUCUGCUGCACAAGAACGCAUGGAAGAUGAAAUGAAGGAGUUUUACAGUAAAAUUGCAAAUCUUGUGCCGCCAUAUUUACUGAAGUUGGGGCAGCUUGUGGCUGUAAAAGCAGAAGAGGAGGCAUGGCUGCGUGCACAGAUAUCUGAAGUUCAAGAUAAUAAAAUCAAGGUUGUCUAUGUGGACUAUGGAUUUAGUGAAGUGGUUGACAUCUCUAAAGUCAGCAGGUUGAGCAAACCAUUCUAUUCUCUUCCAUUCCAAGCCACCAAAUGUAGGCUAGCAGGCUUGGAUGCUUUCUGUGAUGAUCCUGUGCUAGUGAAAGCAGUAGAGUCUAAAGCAUGCGGUAAAAUUCUUGCGAUAGAGAUACUGCAAAAGACAGAAAAGCCUCUUGUCAUACUCUAUGAUACAUCGGGAGAUGAUGACAUAAAUAUAAAUUCCAUCUGUCUGAGGGAAUUAUGCGAUCACUCUCUAAGCGUACAGUUGAAGGUGAAUUCUUCCUACUCAAAUGUAAUUGUGACAAAUGUUUGUUCUGAUGGUACCUUAUUUUGUCAAAUCCCAUCAAAGGGCCUCACCAAAUUAUAUGAAACUUUGCAGAAAGUUGAAAGCUACUUUGAUUCUAAGACUGUCACUUCGAAUGUAUUUGUUUCUCUCCCCUUCUGCGGGAAGAUAUGCUUGUUCCAAAGCAAUGACAAAUGGGCACGUGUGGAGAUAACAAGUGUCCACAGCAGUCGUACAUUAGAUGUUCAGUUUCUAGAUUCUGGAACCAUUGCUUCUGUGAAAGUGUCCGAACUGAAAGAAAUUCCCUCUCCAUUUUUGCGAGAUAUAAUCUCGAUACCACCUCAGGCCACCAGGUGCUGUCUUUCUGAUCUUCCGCUUAAUAUUGGAAUGUGGACUCCCGAUGCAGUGUUGUGGCUUAGAAACACGGUUUUAAACUGUUCAGAUUGUAGCAUCAAGGUAGUGAAAAUAGAUGAAGGAAAAAAAAUGAUGUAUGUUUACCUCUUCACAUCAAAGAACUUUGCUGAUCCUGAACAGAGUGUCAAUCGCCAGAUUGCAAAUGUGGAAUUGUGGAAACAGCAGAAGAACAUACCUAGCAUUGUCACCCCCUUACCAAAAGCCAAAGGUGAAGUUGGCACUCAUACAGCUAUUCCUCGGAAAGAACAAGCUAUCCUUGCAACGAAGCCCAUCACUGAGCAGACUAGCACAAGCCCUUCCGUCGAUCUGCCCCCCCCUUUACUUCUGCCAAAGAGCAGUGAACACAUGGAUGUCUUUGUGUCUGUGGCUUGCCACCCUGGCCAUUUUGUCUUCCAGUCAUGGCAGGAAUUGCACAAGUUGGAAGUAGUUAUGGAAAAAAUGCUUUUACACUACAGCAGUACUGAGGAGAAACGAGUUGACAUUGAGAAAAAAAAAAUAUAUGCUGCAAAGGUUGAGAACAAGUGGUACAGGGUUCUCUUGAAAGGAAUCCUCACGAAUGGCCUGGUGUCUGUGUAUGAGCUGGACUAUGGCAGACAUGAGCUUAUUAAUUCUCGCCAAGUGCAGCCUCUAAUUGACGAAUUCAGGCAACUCCCUUUUCAGGCUGUAACAAGUCAACUUGCCGGUAUAAAGUGUGAGCAGUGGUGUGAAGAGGCUUCUAUUGUGUUCAGAAACCACGUGGAAAAUAAACCUCUUGUGGCACUUAUACAGGCAGUUCACGAGAGCGCAAAUUCAUGGGAUCGGAAGGUUGUGGCUUACUUGGUGGACACAUCUCUCCCAGACACGGACUUAUGGGUUCAUGACAUUAUGUCUGAAUACCUUGUUGAAUUUUCCAAGCCCCAAUAGAGUGCACUACAGAGAACACUGGUGAUCCUAAAGCAGAAGCAAUAACUGAUACGUAUAGCCUGGUCUUUUAAGAAGCUACCCUGUUCUUCUUUCUUGAUUUGCUGAACGUUUUAAAGUUUGGAGAAUUAAAAAUUGUUUUCUGUGAAAGAUAUUUAACAGAAUACUUUUGUUUACAUUGUUGAAAAGAGUUGAUUUUUUUCUGAACAUUUGCACAUUGUUUAAUAAUUUAGCUGUACAAAGUUUGAAUAUAUUGCAGAGUACCAUUUAUUUAACAAUAAAAAAGCAGAAAGUGCUGUAA